UGAAACACGCUUUGACGUUUUAUUUUCUGAAAAAUUUAGUCAAACAGCUCUCUUUUCCGUAUCUCCGGCCUCCUCUGCAGUUUGCUUCUCUGAUGAUCUGAUCAAGAAAAGAUCUUUGUCCUUGAUUGCAGCAACAGCAUAUUGCUUGUCUUUGCAACUCCAGACAGAUAGAAGCUUUAGAGGAUGAACCCUGAGAUGGUCAUACAUAACGGUGGAUGCCACUGCAAAAGUGUACGAUGGCGAGUCCAAGCACCAACCAGCAUUGUUGUCUGGCAGUGCAACUGCUCUGAUUGCUCCAUGAGAGGGAAUACUCACUUUAUCGUCCCUUCUAUAAGAUUUGAGCUUCUUGGAGAUUCCAAACAGUUUCUUACAACCUACACCUUUGGCACUCACACUGCUAAACACACUUUUUGCAAGAUUUGUGGCAUAACCUCCUUCUAUGUGCCUCGAUCUAAUCCAGAUGGUAUAGCAGUUACAUUUCGUUGUGUGGACCCUGGAACGCUAAACCAUGUUGAGAUCAAGCAAAUUGAUGGUAGGAAUUGGGAGGAUUCCAUUAGUCAAACUGGCAUUGCCUCUUGUUCCAAAGUUUUGGAUAAGGAGUCAAAGUGAAUGCCUCCUAGACCAUCCAGUUUGAUGAUUAGUGAAACUUCCGCUGAAGAUCAAACAUUGACUUAUGCAAAGUUAUUAGUAUUGCAUUGCGUUUUAUGUUAUUUGCUAAUUGCCAAUGGAAAAGAAGAAAAAGAAGAGUUGCCAUUUAUAGGCUUUUUGGUUGAAUUUUCAAUCAAAUUUUU